AUCACGGACAUCUACAUACUAUACAUCACAUAUAGUUCGUACAUACUCAAAAAGGUUAAACAUAUGAUCGGAAAGUUAAACCAGCCUUAACUAUAGAUAAGAACCAAAUAAGAAUUGAAGAGUGUAAUAUUAGCAACAUGUCAUUAUUAAACAUAUUUUUAUUAUUGAAAAUUCGUUAUCUAUAAUUUGAGUGAUAAUUAUUAAUAAGAGAUGAAUAUUCAUCUCUAUUUAUCAAAUAAUUUGAUUCUAAAAUAACAAUAUAGAACAUUAUAUUGAGUGUUUUAUAAGUUGUUAGUUUUUUAAUCUCAAGAUAUCUAAGUUAUAGCGAAAUACAAUGGAUAAAAAUAUAACAAAAUUUGUACAUAAACACCUUGAAUUACUUUUACUAGAGCGAGAAGAAAAUCUUCAACAUUUUUUCAAUGAUCUUUCACCUACUACUUUGCACAAUUUAGAACGUAGUGGUCAAGCAUUAAGUAAAUUAACUAUUACAAAUCUAUCAAACAAAGGACCAGAUCGCUUUCAGAUUGAUUUAGAAAGAGCAGAUGGUUUACCUAUUGAGCAUGGAUUGUCCAGUGGUGAUCUUGUUAUUUGUAUUCGAUCAAAAGAGAAAGGACAUAAUAUUAAAGCCAUUGUUAUCGAUGUGGGUGAGUCUAAUCUAAGUAUUAGUACUAAUGACCAAUAUGAAAAUAUUGAAGAAGAUGAAAUAUUUACUAUUGUUAAAACUGAUUCUGAUUUUACAUAUAAAACUCAAACCAGAGCUUUAAGUCACCUUGAAAAACAAGAUAUACAUUCAUCUUGCUGCUUGGAUAUAGUGAAGAUUCUUUUUGGCAGCGAUAAGAAUGAAAUACAUGGUCUUUUAACACUUGAAAAUCCUAUUCCUAAAAACUGCUUGGAUGACACUGGCAAUUUAAAAUUUUCAAAUACAAAUCUAGCUGAGGAUCAAAGAUUAGGUGUGGAAUUUGCUAUAAAAAGGAGGUAUUUUGCUAUUGUUCAAGGUCCUCCUGGAACUGGUAAAACUACAACACUGAUAGAAAUUAUUGUGCAGUUAUACAGAAUGAAGAAAAAAGUUUUAAUCUGUGCUCCGACUAAUGUAGCAGUUGAUAAUUUAGUUGUACGCCUUGCUAAUACAGAAGCUAAACCUUUGAGACUUGGUCAUCCAAUAAGAAUUGCUAAGGAUGCACUUAAAUAUUCUUUAGAUUCUUAUCUAGAAAGAGGUGAUGGUUUCACGGUUUUGAGAGACAUUAAAAAAUGUAUCAAAGAUGCAGAAAAGAGUUUGGACAAUAAAGGAGUUAAAAGCAAAGAUGUAAAAUAUACUUUUAAAGAAGUUAGGCAAUUGAAAAAGGAAUAUAAAAAAAGAUUGACAAGAAUAACUUGUGAUAUUCUUAGAAAUCAAUCUGUGAUUCUGUGUACUCUAAAUUCAGCAUCAGGAAUCGAUGGUCAGUUGCAAAACGUCCCAAAAGAUCAUUUUGAUGUACUGAUUAUUGAUGAGGCAUCUCAAGCUAUGGAAGCAUCAACAUGGAUUGCCAUACCAAAUGCUCCAAAAGUAAUUUUGGCUGGAGAUAUUAAUCAAUUGCCACCCGUAAUUAUGUGUCAAGAAGCUGUGAAAGGUGGUUUGAAUGUGAGUCUCAUGGAAAGAGCUAUAAAAGAUUUGAAGGAAGAUUGUUACAUUAGAUUGACAAGACAGUACAGAAUGAACGAAAAAAUAAUGUCUUGGUCUAGUAAAAAGUUUUAUGAUAAUACUCUCGAAGCUGAUACUUCGGUAAAAAGUCAUCUAUUAAAAGAUUUACCUUUAAUUAAAUCAGAUGAUUUAACAAAUGAGGCUGUUGUAUUUAUUGACACCUGUGGUUGUGAAUGUGAAGAAUUUAAUACUGGAGUAGAAGCUGCUUCAAAGGGAAACUUGGGUGAAGCAGUUGUAGUUGACAAAGUUAUUGCAAACUUAUUGAAGGCUGGUGUAUCUCAGAAAGAUAUUGGUGUCAUUACUCCAUAUUCUUUACAAGUGGAUUUUAUUCGCAGAUCAUUUGUAGCAAAAUCACUGCAAGUAGAAGUUAGUACUGUAGACGGUUUUCAAGGAAGAGAAAAAGAAAUUAUUAUAUUAUCAUUGGUAAGAAGUAAUGAAGAUAAAGAACUUGGAUUUGUCACAGACUUUAGAAGGUUAAAUGUUGCUGUCACUCGUGCAAGAAGGUUACUGAUAGUUAUUGCAGACAGUGAAACUAUGGAAAAAGAUGAAUUGAUUGUUAGCCUUUUAAAACAUAUUGAAGAUCACGGCUUGCUUCAAACUGCAGAGGAAUAUAUAUCUGAAAAUAUUGAUAAGGAAAUAGAGCAAAUGGAACAGACAUCACAAAGUAAUGUAAAACCUAAAAGUAAAUCUAAAGGGAAAAAUAAAUCAUCUAAAUGUGAAGUUACUAAGAAAGCUAUUAAACAGACACCAACUACAGCUCCCAAGGAAGUGAAUGUUCAAAAAGCCAAGGAAAUGAUAAGAAUACAGAAUAACAUUAUAAAUAUGGUUCGAGAAGGAAUGAAUUUAAAUAAUACUAUGGUAAAUAGAAAAAAGUUUAAUGUAUUUGAUACCAUUGCUUCAAGUCAGCGUGACGAUGAAGAAACCUCUAAUUUUGAACAAGAUACUGAGCCGGCCGAUUUAGAAGAAAGCGCAAGCAAAAUAGAAAAAUCGAAGCUAGAACCAAAAAAAUCACAAGAAAAGCCUGAAGAAAAAGAUGACUUCGAUAAGAUAGUUAAAGAGUUUCAAAAGUCAAAUUCAAUUUGCUCUUUUGAGGGAUGCAAAAAAUCCACGAAACUCAUCAAACUAAUUUGUCAGUUUUGUAAAAAAUGGUAUUGCUUAGAACAUGGAUUACAAGAAAUUCACGGCUGUUCUAACGAAGUUCGUCGAAAAGCGCAAAAAGACUUUAGGCAUAGAAAACCAGAAGCCACUACAACAAAAGAAAAAGAUAAAUUCUUUAAAAAGCUGAAAGAGCUCGAAAACGCUCGUAAAUCAAAGAAAAAAUCUACAAAAUAAUGAGUGUUUUUAA